AUGCUGUUAAACCCCGAACCCUAUGCGCUAGCUAGCUCGGUGUACACAAGCGAAAUGCAAAGUGUGCAUCUCUUUUGAUUUCCAUGGCGGUCAUUGGCUUCAAAUUCGUUCGCCAAUCCACUCUUCAUCUUCGUCCCACUCCCUUCCAAUAUCUUCGUAAGGCUGUGCAGAAAUCUAUCGUUGCGGUCAAUGCAUCCGAAACUUCCACAGACGAAAAUAGUGGCGGUGGUGUCUCAAUUCGUGAAGAAGGAAAUGAGAAAUCCCCUGCAUGGAAGAAGAUAGGUACCAAAGAGCUUGGAAUUCACAAUUCGUCCAUUGGACCCGCUGCCCGGAAGGUUCUAAAUGGGCUCAAGAAAAGGGGAUACGAUGUAUACCUUGUAGGAGGUUGUGUACGGGAUCUUAUUCUAAAGCAAACACCAAAGGACUUUGAUAUUAUAACUUCAGCUGAGCUAAAAGAGGUGAUGAAAGUAUUUUCCUGGUGUAAGAUUGUUGGCAAACGUUUCCCCAUAUGCCAUGUUCACAUGGAUGAUACCAUUGUUGAGGUGUCAAGUUUUAACACUGCAAGAGGCAAGAAGGGUGUGGAAUCGUCUCAUCACACGAAAGCACCUAAUAGUUGCGAGAAGGACCUUCUUCGGUGGAAGAAUUGUUUAAACCGGGACUUUACAAUUAAUGGGUUGAUCCUUGACCCAUAUGAAAGAGUUGUAUAUGAUUACAUGGGAGGAAUAGAAGAUAUUAGAAAAGCUAAAGUACGAACUAUAAAUCCUGCAGAUAUUUCAUUUCGGGAAGAUUGUGCUCGCAUUCUACGUGCAAUUAGAAUUGCUGCUCGCUUAGGAUUUAGUAUAUCUAAAGAGACAGCUCAUUUUAUCAAAAAUCUGUCUUCUUCAGUAUUAAGACUUGAUAAGGGAAGGCUCCUGAUGGAAAUAAAUUAUAUGCUAGCUUAUGGUUCUGGUGAAGCUUCUCUGCGGUUAUUAUGGAAAUUUGGACUGCUAGAUAUACUUCUUCCCUUCCAGGCUGCUUAUUUUGCUCACCAUGGAUUUCGAAGGAGGGACAAAAGGACCAAUAUGCUUUUGUCUCUCUUCUCCAAUUUAGAUAAGCUUUUGGCUCCAAACCGUCCAUGUUAUGGUAGCUUAUGGUUUGCAAUCCUAGCAUUGCACAAAGCAUUGAGUGAUCGACCAAGGGACCCCCUGGUGGUUGCUGCAUUUAGCCUUGCAGUCCAUAAUGGUGGGAAUUUGUUGGAAGCAGUGAACAUAGCAGGGAUGAUCAACAAGGCACAUGAUAUGAGAUUUCCUGAAUUAUUAGAUCCUUCUGGUAUGGAUGCAAAGGCAUUGGAAGCUGGGGUUAGGGAUCUUGCAGAGUCUAUUAGAGGGACACUGCUGCAAAUGACUGAUGAACAUUUUGUAUCUCAGGCUAUGGCCGACUAUCCUCAAGCCCCUCAUUCAGACCUAGUGUUCAUUCCAUUAGAAUUGUACGUAAAGGUAUUCAACAUUUUCGAAUGUGUGAAAAGGAGUGCUGUUAAGAGAUCUCUGUCAAAGCAAGGCAUGAAAAUUGAUUACGAGUCCUUAGCUAAUGGUGAUAUACAAGAAAUCAGACACGUUUUUGCAAGAAUUGUAUUUGAUACUGUGUUCCCACUUCACCAAUAUCAGGAUCAGGCAUUAAAGAGCAGCUCGGUUUCACAGGGAGGCUAGUUUGAAGGUUUUAUUAGAAAAAUCAUGUGAGAAAACACUUUGGUGAAAUAAGCAUUCUAUUGAGGGGAAUAGUCUGAUCAUAAUCAGAUAUUGGUGGAAGGUCUAAUUCCAAUUCAGAGAGGUAUUUGCAGAAAUUAUCUUUCAUUAAUUUUUUGCAACACUUGGAAGGGUACUACUCUGGUCUGGCAUCCGGGGCAUUUAACUCACAAGCUACAUAGCGAACGGAUAGUGGAGGAAGAUCGUAUUAUAUCAAAAAGUGCCCCCACCCCAAAAAGGCAGAAACAUUUGUUCUUAUUUUUUGUUUUGCGUCAAGAAUUCUGUAAAUGAUUGAUAUGGUGGCACUCUAAUCGUUGAGAUUAAUUUGGUGGUCCAUACUAAUUACUCAGUCCAAACGUGGCACUGGGGAAGUAUUGUUGCCAUUUAGAAGAGAAAGCAUAGAUUAAGAGUUUGUUUAUCAAGCACAAUAAGCUAGUUUAUACUGUAGCUUAUAAGCUCGGAUAACUAAAGAUUUGUUUGGUAACCUCAUUUUCUAACAAAUUUAUAGUUUAUUUUUGAGUAAAUAGUUAUUUUGUCCCACUAAAAUUGUACGGGGAAUUUACCCUCGCCACUAAAAAGAUUGAUGAUGGACAUUUCAGUCCUGAUAGUUUGCUCUGUUCUUGAAUCCAACGUGGAUAAUGAUCGCAUAUAUGGCAACUCCAGCUGUGAUCCACAUAUUUGCCACA